AUGGGGUUGGACAGCCUGGAGGUGAUCUUUGACCGCGUGGGGCACUUCGGCAGAUUCCAGGUGUUUCUCUAUUUUACGUGUGCCAUCCAGAACACUGCUUGUGGUAUCCACUACUUGGCUUCUGUGUUUAUGACAGUGCACCCUAAGCAUACCUGCAGGCCCCCAGGCAACGUGAGUCAGAUUAUUUUCCACAAUACCUCAGUUCGGAGGUUGGACGACAUCUGGACUCAGUUUUCCACAAGCCAUGGAGAUUACGUUGUAGUGAAGCUCCACGAUGGGGAUGUUUGGGAGCUCACAGGGUGUUACAGGUACCGGAGGGAAAACAACUCCAAUUGGAACUUUGUUUACGAUGGCCUUAAGAGUUCCUAUCCUUGCUUGGAUGGCUUCAUCUAUGACAGGAGCAAAUGGGACAACACCGUGGUGACUCAGUGGGAUCUAGUCUGUAAUCGAGAAUGGUAUGGAUCGCUGGUCCAGCCCACAUUUAUGUUUGGAGUUCUGCUGGGAGCGCUGGUUUUUGGCUAUCUUUCUGACAGGGUCGGGAGACGACUGGUCAUGUGGUCCACAAGCAUCGGCAUGUAUUUCUUUGGCAUAGCAGUGGCGUUCACAUUUGAUUAUUACAGCUUCAUAGUCACACGCUUUCUUCUUGCUGUUGUUUCAAGUGGCUAUCUUGUGGUGGUGUUUGUCUAUGUGACAGAAUUUAUUGGCAUGAAGGCUCGGACAUGGGCAUCCAUCCAUUUACAUUCCUUUUUUGCGAUUGGAACAAUGGUGGUGGCUUUGACGGGCUACUUGGUCAGAUCUUGGUGGACCUAUCAGAUAAUCCUCUCCACAGCGACUCUCCCCUUUGUCUUUGGCUGUUGGAUGCUACCGGAGACACCUUUUUGGCUUGUCUCAGAGGGAAGAUAUGAAGAAGCACAAUUAGUACUUGAUAAGAUGGCCAGGUGGAAUAGGGCAAGCCCCUGUAAGCUGUCAGAAAUUUUAUCACGGGAUCUACACGAUCCUGUUGCUUUUAAGCCUUUUGCAGUUAAGUACAACCUAUUCGAUCUGUUUUAUGACUGGAAUAUUGGAGCAAGAACACUUACUGUUUGGCUGGUAUGGUUCACAGCAUGUUUUGGAUUCUAUUCCUUCUCCUUGAAUUCUGUUAAUUUAGGAGGCAAUGAAUAUUUAAAUCUCUUUCUCAUAGGUGCAGUGGAAAUUCCUGCCUACACGUUCGUGUGCUUGGGGAUGGACAGUGUGGGGAGAAGAAACAUUUUGGUCUUCUCCCUUCUCUUAAGUGCAUUUUUCAGUGGUAUGAUUAUGGUGAUCCCCAGGAAUCACCAUAUCUGGACUGUGGUGGCAACAAUGGGUGGAAAAUUUGGCAUAGGCUCAGCGUUUGGCCUCAUUUUCCUCUAUACAGCAGAGCUGUACCCAACCAUGAUAAGGACGCAGGCUGUGGGAAGUGGCAGUAUGGUAUCCCGUGGGGGAAGCAUCUUGGCCCCAUUGAGCAUUUACCUCUCCAGCAUUUGGAUCUUCAUGCCCCAGUUGUUUGUUGGGAUUUUGGCCUUUGUGAGUGGACUGCUAACACUAAACCUUCCAGAAACCCUUGGGAAGCCUCUGGCAACCACCUGGGAGGAGGCGGCAGGACUGGAUGAGGAAAGAUAUAGCGAUGCAGGCAUAUUAUCUCCCACAACUGAUAAUACCGAUGUUGAAAAAAUAGAAGCGAUGAAUUCUAGGGAUUCUGGUCUUAGUGAAUAA